AAGGAAGCAAUAGAGCUAUUGAAGCAGAGCAUAAAAAAGAGGGCAUUUAUUUCUCCUCCCCCAGAAAGACACCUUAAUCGUAUCGGACUCGUUUUCCACCGCGAGGAUGACCAACAACUUGGCGAUGGCAAAACAACGACUGCAAUCGCUAAAGUAACUGCCUUUCAACAGACCUAUAAUGGCCUUCUACCUCAUCUUCAGGACCUUGAAACUGCUCUCCGGUUUCUUCUCCCCAUCUUCGCUUUAGCAAAAGCAGGUGUAGUAAUUGGAGGUUUCAGCAAAUCACGGCGAAUUCUCCGUGCCGCCUUCAAUCGCAUUUUUGCCUUACGUAAUACCCCUCUGUGCCACAAUCAAACCCGAGACAAAAUUUCCCAAGCCACAGAGACGUCCAUCGUCCCCAAUCACGUGGAGAGCAUUCCUUUCACUGUGCUUACCAACAGUCCCAUUCCUCGAAUUGAUCCUAGAAAGACACCCGUGUACAUAAAUUUGGAAGAUGUAGAAGAGUUGGCAGUGUGA